AUAGUUUCAACAGGGUCAUUCACUGAGUUAAGAGAGAGUGGUGGUUAUUAUCGAGAUAAGACUCACUUCAUCACUAAAAUAGAAGAUCUUGAAGCUCGUGCCAUACUCUCCCUACGUCCUCGUCGUUUUGGAAAAUCACUAUUCCUCUCUACUUUGUCCUCCUAUUACGACAUAAAAAACAGAGAACGAUUCAAACAACUUUUCGCGGAUUUAUACAUCGGCAAAAACCCUACAAAAUUAGCAUCCUCGUUCCUUGUUCUGAAACUCAAUUUUGCUGGACUUCGUAUCAAUUCAACAUUCGAAAUCUUUGAGGAGGACUUUCACGAAAGUUUAAAUAGAUUUAUGUCAGUAUUUAUGAACCGAUAUCGACAAGAGUUGGGGGAUUAUUUCCGGCCUGUUAAUGAAAAUAAAAGUGCUUUAAACAAUUUUAUGAUGUUAUUGGAAGCAGUACAAUUAAGUGGUCGCAAGCUCUAUGUUUGCAUCGAUGAAUACGAUGCUGGUAUGAACGAGGCUCUUAAAAACGAAACCAUCUUACAACCUCUUAUUGCUCAUCAUAGUACUUCAGUUCAAAGUAAAGUCGAAAAAAUUGAGAGUUCGUUCAAACAAUUCUACAGUCGUUUGAAGUAUGCUUGUGAUGAAGGCAUAGCUCGUGUUUUCCAAACUGGUGUGACUCCUGUCGUUAUGACUGAGUUCACCUCGGGUUUUAAUAUUUCAAAAGAUCUAGCAUUAAGAGAAGAAUUUUGGGACUUGUAUGGGUUCAAGAAGUCAGAAAUUGAACUUCUCUUAGACAAUUCUCUUGGUUUGCCAUCAGAUGUUAAGGGGGGGAUAAUGGAAUGGUUAAAGGAGGAAAAUGAUGAGUAUUUUUUUAACUCUGAUCAGACUGAAGGUAUUUUUAACCCUGCUCGUGUCUUAUACUGUAUUGAGAUGUUGAUGGGGAAAAAAAAGAAACUUAUAGACAAUGAUUAUCAAGAUACUUCAACUAUCAUCAAAAAACUUCUUGGCUUUCCUCCUGAUCCACAAACAUUGCCCUCUCAAACAACAUUGGACCUAAUUGUUAACAAUCCCCUUGGAAAAUCCAUCCUUACUGAAGCACUCAAUCGAUGCCCUCUCAAAUCUAGAAAUGGCAUAGAACAAUGA